AUGCCGCUCCUCGAAUCUUCCCCAGAGGGUAAAUCUUGGCCACCCCCUUUAACAACCUUGGGUCCAGAACAGGUUCCUCGAAGAAUAGCCAACGCACCACAGUCACAACAGGCCUAUUACUUUACUCCUACAGCCCAACCUGUCACGAACCUCGGUAUGACUACGUCUCAUCCUACGUCUGUCACCAUCGUACCACCCACUAGGAGUAGUAGCCACGAACAUCGUCCGAUAACCGAUUCUCUCUCAUAUAAGUCCCCGGUUAUUUUAGAUCCAUCCCUUCCUCUGAGCACCCCACACACAGAUUUUAAUUUUGCCAAUAACCAACAACCCAGUUUCUUAAAACAAUCUACCAUACUUCAAGUUCCCAGUGCCCGGAGUCCAGCCUGGCCAAUGAUGCUACAGGAAAUCCCUAUUUCACCCAAUAUCAGCCACAUGGUCGAAGGCGGUGGCCUCCAGACGCAACUUAUUGGUGGGUUUGGGCCAUAUGCUGGGCCGAUGGCAUUCAGCACCGCCCAGACUUCAAAUAGGUUUCCUGCUACUAUUUCGGAUAGCGAAAUCCAACAUUUGCAGAAUCCACAGUCCAUGCAAUCAGCGGCAACCCCUCAUUACUUUACAGCUGUUAGCCCGUUGGUCUCUGAUUACCCUGGACCUUUUCAGCCCAGCUCUGUUUCCAUCCCGAGCCCAGCCGCUGCUGAUUACCCAGCAGUCUUCUUACUACAACCUCCGUUCAAAAAUAACGCCUCCCGCCAAGAAUCCACCGGGUUUAAGUCCCGUCGAAAUACCGCGGAGGGCGAUGAUGAGAAUCCCCAAACCACUCAAAACCUUGCUUCUCUGAUAACCGACAACCCGACCCCGGAUUAUGGCUAUGUGCAAGCACAAGCACAUGUUUGGAAGAGUAUUGCAGAGGACGGGCUCUCUAACCUCAACAAAAUGACUCAAACAUGGCUGAGAUCAAACAUCACAUGUUUUGAUGAUGUCUUGCAACAUAUUCCUCUUGAAGAAUUAGGGAAACAGGCGCUGAUCAUUCGUGAACCAGAUUUACUUCCCCAGCCCAAAGGCUGUUCCUGGAAUCUAGUCAAAAUUGAAAAUAUACCAUAUAACCUCGACGAUGACAUGCUGUUCGAGUUCCUGGGAAAGUCACAUGGUUUGGUACCGGAGGAGCAUGGAGGUGUACAUAUUAUCAUGGACAGGACUACGGGGAAAACUAUGGAUUGUUUUUUGGAGUUCCCGUCUGUCGGGGUAGCUGAACGUUUUAUACAGCGUCGUUGCAACAACAACCGCAGGUGUAUCCUCGGCGGUCGCCACAUAUCCCUAGAGCUUGUUAGGCAGGGCGAACUCAUGCGAUGGCUAUUCCCCAAGGUCAGAGGAGCCACAUGGGGAGAAGAUGGCGACCUUGUUGUUGGCGAAUGGAAAUCCUUUCAUGCACCUGUUGAAAUAGUCAGUAGAGAAGAAUUAGUGAUGAUCCUUGGCCAUGCGCGCACGCCUCACCGAUCGCCAUUCAGCAGGAAAUGUCUUCAACGUCCAUACGAGUCUUUGAUGAGCGUAGUUACGAAGUUUCCUUGGAAGGAGACCGACGAUUAUACUUUGAAGCAGCGGGAUUUGAUAUUCCAGGCCGCCUUUGAAGCAGGCGAGCUGCUAAAACGCCAAAUCCUUCGGGGCAAAGCAGGCCCGAAUAUUGACCUGAGGCUUUUGCGACGUCUUUGCCGCACAAUUUCAUUUUGUCCCGGAUUCACCUAUAGACAAAAAUUAACAUUCUUGGACGCAAUGGGGAUUACUACGACCGAAUGCUUCACGAUCCUCGGCGACUUGGGGAUCUCUCACCCUCUUGCGACCCAGUUUCAAGCGCUAACGGUCAGGCCUGGUGCGGAUUAUGUGGCGGUCGAGGCUAUUGCGAAUUUGGUAGCGGAUGGGGUGUCGCGGGGAAACGGCAUCCGUAACGAGACAGAUUUGGGUAUCCGCCUUGGUCCUGGUGGCACCCGGGGAUCGAAUGAAGAUGGGAAUUGUGAGCUGACGAUGAGGGCAGCAGCGAGCAUCGAGUUAGAAACUGUCAUCACUGCUAUAAAGACGACGUUUGCGCCAGGGCGGGACACGCUAGAUUUUCAAGGCCGAAUUUGA